GCCUGGAGUUUUGUGAGGUACCGGAUUGCUUUAUGGGAAAAGCCUGUUCCAAUUUAGUCUGGAACUGCCCUACUUUAGAGUUUUUAUGGUUAUCAGUCUAUACAAAGAAUCUCCAAAUUGAUACAGUGGGAACUAAGCUGUCAAAUCAAUCUGUCAAGACUGUUUCGCUUGAAAAAAGAAUGGAGACUCUCAAGCUGACUGGGCCAUGGGUGGUUUAGAAGCUCAGAUCUGUGUGAGCUGAGUUAUUCAGAGAACUUCACAGCAUUGUACCAAUUUGAGCUAUUGCCAUGAUUUCAAUAAGGAAAUGGCAUCGAGGGAUUGUGCGGGCUGUCAGCACAAAGAGGACAAUGAAUAUAAAAAUAUGCAAGAAUCACAGGAGACCCACAUAUCCAACCACCUAGAUGAAGUCGUUGCUGCUGUCAGCAUCAAUCCGAGAAAGAAGAUCCAGAACAAACUGCCUCAGACCGUGCUAUUCCAGCCUCCUCGAGAGAAACUCCACCUCUGUGAGGAGAAAGCCAAGUCCUGCUUCAGCAGUCACCAAUAUAAACAAGGUAUCCACGAACUUUCGCGUUGCAUAGCAUUGACGAGGAUUUGCUAUGGCGACUCCCACUGGAAACUGGCAGAGGCACAUAUCAGUUUGGCUCAAGGCUACCUCCUGAUGAAAGGAUUUUCACUGCAAGCAAAACAACACGCAGAAAAGGCCAAAGAGAUCCUCACGGACUUCAUCGUGCCUCCUUAUGAUGACAAUACAGAUGUCUUCAAGUGCUCUGUAGAGCUUUUCCAUACCUUGGGGAGAGCCUUCCUUUCCCUUCAGAAAUUUAAGGAAGCAUCAGAGAAUUUGGUGAAAGCAGAGAGACUUUCAAGGGAGCUGCUACAGUGUGGAAGGAUUGUAAAGGAAGAGUGGAUAGAAGUCCAAGCACGGAUCAAAUUGUCAUUUGCACAGGUCUAUCAUAGUCAAAAGAAAUCACAAGAAGCUCUGCCCCACUACCAAGAGGCAUUGGAAUAUGUGGAGAUCAGCAAAGGUGAAGAAAGUCCCGAGUAUGUCUCCAUCCUGAGAGAAUUAGCAGGUGCAGAGCAAGCCCUGGGGUUCCACAACACAGCCAUCAACCAUUUCUUACAGGCUCAUGUCAUCAUCCUGGGGAGAAGCCCCUCUCAAGAGGAGGCAGCGGACUCUGCACAACUUGUUGCCCGUGCUGCUGUCGCUUCCAGGAGGCCGGAGCACCAUGACGCUGGGGUGGAGCCCUCCCUAGGAGAAAAUUCCUUGCAGCAUCGGGAUACCUGCUUCUGUCUAGGUGCACACGGGACUGAACCUUACAGGAGAACACAGACGGAAGUUUCGUUUCCGUUAAGUAGAUUUGAUGUGGCUGAGAAGUAUUUUCAAGAGAGUAUGGCUCAUUUUAAGAAUGCUGAAGGGGCAGGAAACACCAAAUUUCUUGCAAUACAGGAUGAAUUCUGCCAUUUUCUACAAAUCACUGGACAAAAAGAGAGAGCAACCUUGAUCCUGAAGGAGUCCCUGGAAGCCAAAGUGGAAGCAUUUGGCUAUUUCAGUCUUGAGGUAGCCGAAACUUACAAGCUCGUGGGUGGGGCAGACCUGGCGCAGGGGAACCACAGCGGGGCCCACAAGAAUCUGAAGAAGUGUCUUCAGAUUCAGUCGCUCUUGUAUGGACCACAGAACAAGAAGACCGUGGCCACCCAGCAGUCGGUGGACAUCCUGUCCAGGGCACGUGAGGGCACCACAAAGCCAAGGCAGUCUCCAAAAGCCAAAGUGGCCUUCUGCACCAGCGCCUCUCAGCGCCCCUCAGCUCCCAGGAAGGGCAGGCCCAACCUGGCAGACUGAAAGCCCUGAGUACACCCCAGAGAAAGCCUUGGGCAGGCUGGGGAACUGCUGUACAAACCUCUCCUACCGGAAGGGGGAAUUUAGCAGUCCUUACACAGAUUUUCAAGGCUGGCUGUCUGAAUGUUCCACAGCAACACCACUCCCACCCUCCACCCCCACAGGCCACACUGACAGCGGAUGCCCUUCGGGGUGAGCUGGGACUGCUAUGUGGAUUUUUGUCCAUCAAUGCUACUACGGCUGAAAGACUUUUCAAAAGUUUACUUUCCUGUGCAGGAAAGUAAACUCUGCAUGUGGCUGUACACAUGGCCCCUUCCUUGCAUGGAUCGAGAGUCAGAUUUGAAACAAUAAGAUUCUGGAAAAAGCCCUUUUCUUAUAGGAAAGUAUUAGGAACUGAGGAUAAAAUGCCAAUAAAGAGAAACUUGAAAGUAC